AUGGAAAAGAUGAGUUUUCUUUCUGGGAAUUGGAAGAAGACACAACUUCAUUUCCUGCUGUUUUGGGCUGUAAUUAGCUCCUCUUCAAGUUUAGCAGUUGCUCAGAAUCAGAAUCAACCGGCGUCAACCACUGAUCCCUCUGAAGCAAGACUUGUGAAUUCCAUCUUCCAGAAACUGAAUGUUCGGGCGCCUACUGGAUGGAAUAUCAGUGGCGAAUUAUGUACCGGGUCGGCUGUUGACUCCACAGAUCUCCAAAGUUCAAAUCCGGGCAUUAAGUGUAACUGCUCUGAUAAAAAUGGUGCCCUGUGCCAUAUCACGGGGCUUAGGCUUUUUGCAAUGGACCUGCUGGGAGGCCUUCCAGAUGAGCUCUGGAAUUUGACUUACCUCACAGAUUUAGACUUGGGACAGAAUUACUUUACAGGUCCAAUUCCUGCAGCCAUUGCCCGGCUUACUCGGUUACAGAAUUUGAGCUUGCGCUUUAAUGCAUUAUCGGGCCAACUACCUAAGGAACUAGGGUUGCUAACGGACUUGAGAGUACUGUCAAUUGGCAUCAACAACUUCACUGGGUCUUUCCCAUCUGAGCUCGGGAAUUUAACUAGGCUCACGCAAAUUUAUUUUGAUAGCUCGGGGAUUAGUGGUGUCCUACCUCCAAGUUUUGCAGGGUUACAAAACCUCUCGAUCAUGUGGGGUUCUGAUACUCAACUCACUGGUCAAAUACCCGACUUCAUAGGGAAUUGGUUACAGCUCAAUGUCUUGAGGUUACAGGGUAACUCUUUCCAAGGCACCAUACCAUCUUCAUUUUCAAAUUUGACAUCCUUAACAGACUUGAGGAUAAGCGAUCUAACCAAUGAGAAUGCGAGCCACUCUUUGGAGUUUAUCCGGAAUAUGAAGUCUCUAAACACAUUAGUUUUGAGGAACAAUAAUAUUUCUGGUCCUAUCCCUUCCUACAUAGGCGAGCUCCAGAAUCUACAGCGCCUGGAUUUGAGCUUCAAUAGUUUCAGUGGAGGCAUACCAGACUCACUUUUCAACACUACAAAUCUUACACAUAUAUUUCUUGGUAACAACAAAUUAACUGACUCCCUGCCUCAGCAAAAGAAUUCAAAUCUCCAGAAUAUAGACCUCUCGUACAAUGAAUUAUCUGGGAGCUUCCCUUCUUGGGUCAAUGACCAAAAAUUACAGCUUAAUUUGGUGGCAAACAACUUCACCCUGUCAGAUUCAAAUAGCAGUAGUCUUCCAUCAGGAUUGUACUGUCUUCAAAGAAAUUUCCCUUGCAAUCGUGGAUCUCCAAUCCACUCCAAUUUCGCAAUCAAAUGUGGCGGUCCAGCUCUGACUUCUUCUGAUGGUAUUCAAUAUGAAGCCGACAACCAGAUCAAUGGUCCAGCCACUUACUAUGUCAUGAGUUCAAGAAAAUGGGCAGUUAGUAAUGUUGGUUUUCCUGCUGAUGGGCCAUUCCCAAAAUAUACAUUUGUUUCAUCAUCUUCAUUCAGAAACACUCUGGAUCCUGAGAUAUUCCAAUAUGCGCGGGUAUCAGUUGGAUCACUGAGAUACUUUGGCUUGGGCCUGGAAAAUGGUAACUACACAGUAAAUCUCCAAUUCGCUGAAUCAGAAAUCCUUGAUACUGUUAGUUGGAGGAGUCUUGGUAGACGUGCUUUUGAUAUAUAUAUCCAGGGAAAUCUUGUGGAGAAAGAUUUUGACAUCAAAAGAGAGGCAGGUGGACGCUCUUUGACCGCUGUUCGAAGGACAUAUACCGCUAUUGUGUCCAAAAACUACCUGGAAAUCCAUCUUUUUUGGGCUGGCAAGGGAACUUGCUGUAUUCCUGGGCCAGGUUCAUACGGACCUCUAGUUUCUGCUAUUAGUGCCACCCCAGAUUUCAAUCCCACCGUUGCUAAUGCUUCUCCCGGUUCUGGAAAGAAGAAUCGAAGUGGUUUGGUUGUUGGAAUUGUUGUUCCCAUCAUUAUCAUAAGCUUUCUAUCCGCAUUUGCUGUGUACUUUUUAAUCUGGAGAAGAAAAAGGCGGCAAAUGUUUGAAGAAGAAGAAUUCUCGGGGAUGGAUGCCAGACCAUACACAUUCAGUUAUGCAGAACUUAGAGCAGGGACAAAUGACUUCAAUCCUGCUAACAAGCUUGGAGAGGGUGGAUUUGGUACUGUUUUUAAGGGAACCCUUUACGACGGAAGAGUUGUUGCUGUCAAAUUACUAUCUGUAGCAUCCCAUCAAGGAAAGAGUCAGUUUGUAGCAGAGAUUGCAACCAUUUCGGCUGUGCAGCACCGUAAUCUUGUGAAAUUGUACGGUUGUUGCAUUGAGGGAGACAGAAGAUUGCUUGUGUAUGAGUAUCUUGAGAACAGGAGUCUCGAUCAAGCGUUAUUUCGAACCAAAAGUUUACCCCUUGAGUGGUCGACCCGGUUUGAUGUAUGCCUUGGAGUAGCAAGAGGUCUGGCUUACCUUCAUGAAGAAUCUCGGGUUCGAAUAGUGCAUAGGGAUGUGAAGGCCAGUAACAUUCUGCUUGAUUCAGAUCUCAACCCCAAGAUUUCUGACUUUGGCUUGGCCAAACUUUACGAUGACAAAAUGACACAUGUAAGCACUCGUGUUGCUGGAACAAUAGGCUAUCUUGCACCAGAAUAUGCCAUGCGAGGACAUCUCACAGAGAAGGCUGAUGUGUUUGGAUUUGGAGUUGUAGCUCUUGAGAUUGUGAGUGGAAGGCCAAACUCCAACACAAGUCUGGAAGACGAUAAGAUUUACCUUCUAGAAUGGAAUGAACGUGACCUUGAGCUGGUGGACCCACGAUUGACUGAAUUCAAUGAGAAUGAAGUGAAAAGGGUGAUUGGUGUGGCCCUGUUGUGCACACAAACCUCGCCAUCAUUGAGGCCUGCAAUGUCUCGCGUCGUGGCAAUGCUCUCUGGAGACAUAGAGGUGACUGGGGCAGUUUCAAAGCCUGGUUAUCUGACUAACUGGAAAUUUACAGAAACAACAAUUACAGUUCACUAUGUCCAAAAUCAAACCAACCCAACAACUGACCCCUUUGAUGCAAGACUUGUGAACUCAAUGUUCCAGAGAUUGGGUGUUCGAGCACCUACUCAGUGGAAUUUCAGUGGUGAAUUAUGCAGUGGUCUAGCCGUUGACUCCACAGACCUCCAGAACUUAAACCCGGGCAUUAAAUGUGAUUGCUCUUACGAUAAUGGCAACACUUGCCACAUUACUGCACUUAGACUUUAUGAAAUGGACCUUGUGGGAUUACUUCCGCAUGAACUCUGGAAUUUGACUUACCUUGAUGACUUAGACUUGAGACGAAAUUACUUUACAGGUCCAAUACCUUCAUCCAUUUCCCGGCUGACUCGUAUGCAAUUUUUGAGUUUUGGCUACAAUGCAUUAUCAGGGGAAAUUCCAAAGGAACUUGGGAUGCUAACAGACUUGAGAUCAUUGGCAUUUGACAUAAACAACUUCACUGGCCCUCUCCCUACUGAGAUUGGGAAUUUAACGAGGCUCACACAAUUUUAUUUUGCUAGCUCUGGGAUUAGUGGUGUCCUACCACCUAGUUUUGCAGCAUUACAGAGCCUCACCACAGUGUGGGGCUCCAAUACUCAACUCACUGGUCCAAUACCUGACUUCAUUGGGAAUUGGUCAUCACUCAGUGUCCUAAGGUUACAGGGGAACUCUUUUCAGGGCAGAAUUCCAUUAUCUUUUUCGAAUUUGAGAUCCUUAACAGAUCUGAGAAUAAGUGAUCUGUCCAAUGCAACCUUAUCCUUGGAGUUUAUAAUGAACAUGACAUCUAUAGGCAUCUUAAAUUUGCGGGACAACAAUAUUUCUGGUUCUAUCCCUUCCAAUAUUGGAGAGCUCCAGAAUCUACAACAGCUGGAUUUGAGCUCCAAUAGUUUGAGCGGAAGCAUACCAGACUCACUUUUCAAGAUUAAUUCCCUCACACAUUUAUUCCUUGGGAAUAACAAGUUAACUGGCUCUCUACCUCAACAAAAGAGUUCUCGUCUUCAGAAUAUAGAUCUGUCAUACAAUGAAUUAUCUGGGAGGUUGCCUGCUUGGGCUGAAGACAAAAACUUGCAACUUAAUCUGGUGGCAAACAACUUUACCUCAUCAGAUGUUGGUAGGAGCAAAUUGCCUUCAGGAUUGUACUGUCUUCAAAGGAAUUUCCCUUGCUAUCGUGGCUCUCCACUCUAUUACAACUUCUCGAUCAGGUGUGGCGGUCCAGCUCUAAGGACUGCAGAUGGAAUUCUGUACGAAGCAGACAAUUUAGCUAGCGGCCCGGCAACUUAUUCCGUCACAAAUUCGAGAAGAUGGGCAAUGAGCAAUGCUGGUCUUCCUGCCGAUGGGCCUAACCCCAGAUAUAUGUUCUCCUCUCCAUCUCGGUUUAACAAUACUUUGGAUUCGGAGCUUUUCCAAUCCGCGCGGAUUUCUGCUGGUUCAUUGAGAUACUUCGGCUUGGGCCUGGAAAAUGGUAACUACACAGUACAUCUCCAGUUUGCUGAACCAGAAAUCCUUGACAAUGUUAGUUGGAGGAGUAUCGGGACACGUGUUUUUGAUAUAUAUGCCCAGGGAAAUCUAGUGGAGCAAAAUUUCGACAUAAAAAAGGCAGCAGGUGGACGUUCUUUUACAGCUGUUCAAAGGGAAUUCAAGGUUAAUGUCUCUGAAAACUACCUUGAAAUUCAUCUGUUUUGGGCUGGGAAGGGAACUUGUUGUGUUCCUGCUCCAGGUUCCUACGGGCCUUUAGUAAAUGCUAUCAGCGCCACCCCAGAUUUUAUUCCUACGGUGUCUAAUAUUCCUCCCUCAUCUAAGAGGAAUCGGGCUGGUUUGAUUGCCGGGAUUGUUGUUCCACUUGUUGUUGCAAGCUUUUUGUUUGUGUGUUGUGUAUACUUCUUCAUCUGGAGAAAGAAAAGGCAGCAGGAGUCUGAGGAACAAGAGUUAUUUGGAAUGGAUACAAGACCAUACACAUUCAGUUAUGCAGAACUUAGAGCUGCAACAGACGACUUCAACCCUUCUAAUAAACUUGGAGAAGGUGGAUUCGGUUCUGUUUUCAAGGGAACACUUAGUGACGGUAGAGUUGUAGCUGUCAAACAACUAUCUGUGGCGUCUGACCAUGGGAAAAAUCAGUUCGUGGCUGAGAUUGCUACCAUUUCUGCAGUUCAGCACCGUAACCUUGUAAAACUUCAUGGUUGUUGUAUUGAGGGAGGUAAAAAGUUACUUGUUUAUGAGUUUCUCGAGAACAAGAGUCUUGAUCAAGCACUAUUUGGAACUAGUAGUCUACACCUCGACUGGCCUACCCGCUUUUACAUAUGCCUGGGAGUUGCAAGGGGUCUGGCUUACCUUCACGAAGAGUCCAGAGUUCGAAUAGUGCAUAGAGAUGUGAAAGCCAGUAACAUUCUGCUUGACUCUGAUCUCAACCCCAAGAUUUCUGACUUUGGGUUGGCCAAACUUUACGAUGACAAAAUGACACAUAUAAGCACCCAUGUUGCUGGAACAAUAGGCUAUCUUGCUCCGGAAUAUGCCAUGCGGGGACACCUUAGUGAAAAAGCUGAUGUGUUUGCAUUUGGAAUCGUAACUCUUGAGAUUGUGAGUGGAAGGCCAAUCUCCAGUUCAAGUUUGGAGGAAGACAAGAUUUAUCUCCUCGAAUUGUUCGGUGAUGCAGCGACCUUCAUGACGACAACAACCAGAGAUUUUAGUCGUCAGGAUGAUUCAUUGUCGAUAAGCGACACGACAAGUGCAAACUGUUCCUCCAGAACUGUUGAACAACCAAUGCUUGGCAGUGUAGUGGGAGGUGCCUGA